AAAUAAACUACCAAAAAGCAAAGCCAAAGAUCCAUUGCAAAUCUAAGCUCUUCUUUCUCUUUUCCCCAAUUUUUUUUUUUUUUUAAUCUCCAACAUUGUAAAGCGGCAUGGAAAAAUGUGGAAGAAGCAUUACAAUAUGGUUUGCUUUCCUUUUCAUCGUUUUCUACCUUGAAAUUGUUUUAGCGGGUGGGGAUGGAGGACAAAACCUUCCUCCCAACUCCCAACAAAAGCCAUCUUUUGCAAAAAUUGUCAAAGAAACACUUUCCAAAUUGAAGAAAUCUCAUGUAAAUUCUUGGGAUAAAAUUAAAACCAUCGUCCAUGACGUUCAUUUGAAGUUUUUUCCUCCAAAUUUAGAUUUUAGGAGUGGAGCUCAAGAAGCAAAGGAAAAGAGCACGGAGGAUGGCCAAGGCGGUGGCACUAAAGAAAAGAUGAAAGAGGCGGCUGAGAAAAGUUUCGAAACGAUAGAGAUGACAGCUGAAGAAUCUGCAAAAUCUGCUGCAAAUGUAGCGGGAGAAGCAAUGCACAAGGUAGGAGAUAAACUAUCUCAUGAUGAUGAAGAGAAAUCUCGUGAUCGCGAAGAGCUUUAAAUUUAAAAUUUUUAUUUUUAAUGUUUUAAACCAUUAAUUUCCUUUAAACAUGUAGCAAGCUUUCAUUGUACUUAUGUUUUGUUUUCUGGAAUAGAUCACCAAUAAUUUAGUACAUGAAAUUGAUUCUUAUGUUUUAAA